CGUCAACAAUACCUUCCAACCGUAUACACUCGUCAACAUGGACGAGGAAAGACCAUCGUCGCCAGUCGCGAACGGCGCGUCGAGGAGCAAGAGCCCCGAAAAGCGGCCCGCGGAGGAGCAGGAGAAGCCGGCAAAGCGCCAGCGUACUAGAGGAGAAGACCAGGCGCGCGGGCGGCGCAUGUUCGGAAACAUCUUGGGGACACUGCGCAAGUUUCAAGACGAGGACAAAACUGCGAAGCGCAGCGAGGCGGCCAAGCGCCGCGAGGAAACUGCCGCGCGCAUUGCCGAGAAGCUGCGGAGCGAGGCAAGCACGCAACAAGAUCUCGCGAGUGCCGAGCGCGAGCUGCGUUCGCUGCGCCUGCAGACCGACAGUGCAGGAUACCUUCUGGGGCACCGCGAGAUUGCAAUGCGCGCUCGUCACCGCUCUCUCCGCGCAGCCUCCGGCUACCUCUCCACCACCUCCACCCCCGGUACACACGACGGCGCACUCUUCCCUUCGUCGCCCGCGCCUAUAGCACAACGCCGUGGUGGGCCCGCGACAUCGCUCUACUUCCUCCCAAAGGAGUUGCUGCCACAUCAGGAAGAACAGCUGAAGGCUCGGGAGGAGGAGAUCAAGCGUACGAUCGCCGAGGAGCAGGAACAAUUGGAGCGCGAUCAGCGCACGACGAAGACCAAGGCGGAGGAGAGUGAGCGGGUUAUUGCUGACUUGGAGGAGAAGGUGCGCCGCUUGCGCGCGAUGAAGGCCGGGCGGGGAGAGCCGUCCCCCCGGCGCGACAGUGAGCGGCAAAGUGAGCGGGUCAGAGAGCGCUCGCGGCCGCGGUCAAGGUCACGGUCUCGCUCUCGCUCUCGCUCCCGUUCGCGCAGUAUGCGCUCUCGCUCCGCCUCGUACACCAACACGCGGCCAUUAGAUGACGAGAUAGAGGUCGAGUACUGAGUCAGGCCGUAGAAUGCUCCAUGAUACAAUGUAUACACUACCACUA